AUGCAAGAAUCAACUCCAAAUAAGAAACCAAAGAACGUAAUUUAUGUCAAUCUUAAAGCAACGCAUUAUCCUCUCAUAAAGAAAUGUGUGAAAGAAAUGGGAUGGAAAGUAACAGAAUCUAAAGUGAAAAACACCCUCUUUUGGUGUGAUAACGAAGGAGGUUCGGAGCUUGCAGCGAAUUUAAAACGAUACCAAUUUUAUAAUCACUUUCCAGGUAUGUCAGGCAUUGCGCACAAAGUAGAAUUAUCGAAAGCAAUGGACCUUAUGUCAAGAAUUAUUCCAAAUAUUUACAACUUUCACCCGAAAACUUUUAUAUUACCGCGAUCUGCUUCAGAGCUAUGCGAAUAUAUGCAAUCGAUACCAUUUAAAUCAAAAAGAACAUUUAUAAUUAAACCCGAUACUGGAUGUCAAGGGCGAGGAAUCAAACUCGUCCAGGAUACUUCUUUAAUAGAGGAGUACAAUGAUAGUGCAGUAGCUCAACAAUACGUUGAACCAUUCCUUAUUGAUGGCUACAAGUUUGAUCUCAGAAUUUACGCUCUAGUUACAUCAGUAGCUCCUCUUCGCUUAUAUAUUCAUAAUGAAGGAAUGGCAAGGUUUUGUACAGAGCCUUAUAAAAAGCCAAAGACUAGCAAUUUAUCAGAUUGCUAUUCACAUCUUACAAAUUUCUCGCUUAACAAGAACUCAGAGAACUUCCAAACAAAUGAUACAGAUAUAGCUCCUGAAACAGGAAGUAAACGUACCAUGACAAGUGUGUUUAAAAGAAUCAGCGAAGUUGAAGGCGCUGAUGUUCAAAAACUUAAAGACAGAAUCGAUAUGAUCAUCAGAUUAACGCUAAUAUCAAUUCAGCCACACUUACAAGCGACUUAUCAUACAACUGUUACUGCAAAUGAUGGCAAAAGUAGAUGUUUUGAGAUACUUGGAUUUGAUAUCUUAAUUGAUGAGCAUUUAAAUCCAUGGUUGAUCGAAGUAAACACAAUGCCAAGUCUCAGUACAGGCAGUCCUUUUGAUGAAGCCUUAAAAAGAUCGUGUGUUAUAGGAGCAAUGAAAAUUAUUGAUCUAAAGCCAUCAUUCAGAAAGAGAUAUAAUCAAGCAAUGAAGAAAUAUAUGUUCUGUAGUUCAACGGCCACUCAAAUUUGUGAUUUUAAUCCAAAUACUGAAACAGAAAUCGCAAAAGAAACAAAUUGGAGACAAAUUUAUCCAAUAACAGACCCCAAGAUACUUCACGAAACUCAAGCUGUCCUAGAUAAAGCUUUCGAAGCUUCACAACUCGCAAUGUGUAGAGAAACAAAAGCUUCUCAAAUUAGAAAAGAACAUCUUCAACAGCAGUUGAUUCGUGAAAAUCAACUUAAAACUCCUUUAACAGAUAGACGUAUUUCUGCUUCUAAGAAAACUGGUCCCUACAUAAAAUCAAGUAAUUCGACAAUUAAAGUUACAAAAAAGACUCCAAACGUUCAAAGAGCUCCAUUAUAUCAUCCAUUACCUCUUAAAACAGUCCGGCCUGCUUCCAAGUUAGCUGAUAUUCCAUUGGCUUCGAGACCGAAAUCAACUGUUGUAAAAAGAAGAGAGGAUGAAACAACUGUCUUCCAAAACUUUAACAUGCUUCCGAAGAACCCGGUAAUUGAAGCAGAAGAAAGGGAUAGAAUCUAUAACACACAAAAACAAAUUAAUACAACCACAUAUUCUUCGCUUUUCCAGAAUAUUAAAAGCAUGUUAAAGACAAUAUCCGACACUGAUAAAAAGCCAACCAAAAUAAAGGCGAAUUUAAUCCAGAAAUACAUUGAUAGAGCAUUGAUUUCGAAAUAG